UAUGCUUCGUGCGAAAAUGCUAGCACUUUGCAUAAUGCUAUAGGUUUAUUAUCGGUCAAAAUGAGAAUGUACAAAGUCCAAAUAAAUUUUUAAAAAAUUGAAUUCUGUACCUAAUAAAUAUAGUGUAUUUAAUUCUGAAAAUUGUUGGUUAUAUUUGUCAUAAAAAAUAUUUUUGAUAUUUUAAGUCAUGGUUUCUUUAAUAAAAAACAUUCAGAUUGCUUCACUUGUUUACAAUGGCAGUAGAAUUGCAACACAAUUAUUUUCUACUAAUACAAAGUUACAUUUAGAAACUGAAGUAAAAGAAGUGAUCUUAAAAUAUCUUGAUGGGAAAGAUAAUGGUAUAGUAGUUCUAGGACUAAAUCGCCCGAAUACCCGUAAUGCUUUUGGAAAAAAUCUUGUUUCGCAAUUAAAUAAUGCAAUCUCUACUAUUAAAAAAGAUGAUAAAUUACGAGUAUUAAUUAUUCGUAGUCUGGUACCAUUCGUGUUCUGUGCUGGUGCUGAUUUGUAUGAAAGAUUAAAGAUGAGUAAAUCAGAAGUGUCAGAAUUCGUAACAUCCUUAAGGAAUAUUAUGAACGACAUAGAGUCAAUAUCAAUACCAGUUAUAUCUGCUAUAGAUGGUGUAGCAUUGGGUGGUGGUUUAGAACUUGCAUUGGCUACAGAUAUUAGAAUAGCAGCUUUAGAGGCAAAACUAGGUCUUGUAGAAACAAAACUAGCAAUAAUACCAGGUGCCGGUGGUACUCAGAGAUUACCAAGAAUAGUUGGAUCUGCUAUAGCUAAAGAACUUAUUUACACAGCGCGUAUUUUGAAUGGACAACAAGCAAAGAAUAUUCAUCUUGUAAAUGAAGUUGUACUACAGAAUAAAAAUGGUGAUGCGGCUUAUCAAGCUGCAUUAUCACUUGCAAGAGAAAUUCUACCUAAUGGUCCUAUUGGAGUAAAACUAGCAAAAGAGGCUAUAUCAAAAGGUAUAGAAAUGUCUAUAGAAGAUGGAUUAGAAAUUGAAAAACAAUGUUACAAUAAAGUUAUAAAUACUGAAGAUAGAUUAGAAGGUCUUUCAGCAUUUACAGCAAAACGAGUGCCUAUUUAUAAAGGUAUAUAAAUUUAUGUAUUAUAGGAUGAUUAUUUGGAAUCCAAUUAUGAUUGUUAUCUUUUAAAAUCUAUAACUGAAAGAUUGAAUUUGUGGGGAUCAAUAUUUAUAUGAUACUUUUGCAUCAAUUGUAUUAAUAUAAUUAAUAUAAUUUUCUGGUAAAGUUUAAUCUCAUAUUUUAAUAAUAUCCUGUGUAAAUUUAAAUAUUUAUACGUGAUUUUAAUUAUUGUUUAGUCUAAUGUUUAUACUUGAAUUAUUGUUAGUUUAUCUUGAAAGAAAGAAAUAUGUAUAUUCAACUCAAAUUGUAUAUUAUAUGUAUACGAAUGUUAUACG